AUGGAUGCCAAAUUAGCCUCCUCUCAACUACGCAUCUACAAGCAGAUGUGUCCAUUCCUAGGGCGAACCUCACCACUCAGCUUGAGGAAGAUGUCGACUCACUCAGUCAUGGGCGUCACCCGACUCAGAUUAAGAGCUCAAGCUUGUCCGGUCUUGGGCCCACUCUUGAGCUUAGAUCCAAACCCCAUCACUCAACUCAAUAAUCGACAACCCCAUCAUCGUCAUUAUGCUAAGCCUGCCAAUAUGGAUAUCGCCAUCAAAAACAUUUACAAGAAACCAAUCCAAUCUCAACAAUGUCCUUCAGCUGCCAAGGAUGAUGACUAUCAUCAUCAUCUAAUCAACAAACGAGAUGAUCACCACCAUCAUCAUCCAAACCAAGAACUCUUCGAUUACGAAAAGUUUUACAAUAACGAAUUGGAAAAGAAACACCAAGACAAGAGCUACAGAUAUUUCAAUAACAUCAAUCGAUUGGCUGCCAAGUUUCCGAUCGCACAUACGGCUGAACCGAAGGAAGAAGUCACCGUUUGGUGCAGCAAUGAUUAUCUUGGAAUGUCCAAGCAUCCGUUGGUCUUAGAAUCCAUGAAAAACACUUUAACCAAGUAUGGCGCUGGAGCUGGCGGGACUAGAAACAUAGCAGGAAAUGCAGCUCUUCAUCUUUCCUUAGAGUCCACCCUGGCAGACCUUCAUCGUAAAGAAUCCGCGCUGGUGUUCAGCAGCUGUUAUGUAGCCAAUGAUGCCACCUUAAGCACCUUGGGUUCCAAACUCCCAGGAUGUGUGAUCUUCUCGGACUCGUCUAAUCAUGCGUCGAUGAUCCAAGGGAUCAAGCAUUCACGAGCCGAAAAGGUGAUCUUCCAACACAACGAUCUAGUCGAUUUAGAAGCCAAACUAGCCAGUUAUCCUAAGGAUCGUCCCAAGAUCAUUGCCUUCGAAUCCGUCUAUUCGAUGUGUGGCUCCGUAGGCCCGAUCGAAGCCAUCUGCGAUCUGGCGGAGAAGUAUGGCGCUAUCACUUUCUUGGAUGAAGUCCAUGCAAUCGGUAUGUAUGGUCCUCGUGGUGCUGGCGUGGCUGAACAUUGCGACUUUGAAGCCCAGGCCAAAGGCGGCAAGAAAGGCAGUGUGAUGGAUCGAAUCGAUAUCAUUACUGCCACAUUGGGGAAAGCCUAUGGUGUGGUAGGAGGCUACAUUGCAGGCUCGAGCUCAUUAGUCGACAUGGUCAGAUCCUAUGCACCCGGGUUCAUCUUCACCACCUCUUUACCGCCUGCGAUCGUCUCGGGUGCUUUGACUGCGGUGAAAUAUCAGAUGAAUAAUCUCGAUGAUCGUCGUCUUCAACAAUUAAAUACGAUCGAGUUGAAGGAUAAGUUGGUCAAUCAAUUCGACCUUCCAGUCAUGAAUAAUCCUAGCCACAUCGUUCCCAUCUUGAUCGGCGAUCCGGCUAAGGCUAAAAUGGCUAGUGAUUUGCUCUUGAGCAAACAUAGUAUUUAUGUACAGUCGAUCAACUAUCCGACUGUCCCGAAAGGGGAAGAGCGUUUGAGAAUAACGCCUACGCCUGGACACACCGUCGAGCAACAAGCCAAAUUGAUCGAAGCAUUGGAUUCGAUCUGGAAGGAAUUAAAUCUCAACCGAACCGAAGAUUGGAAGAGACUGGGCGGUCGUGCGGGGGUGGGCGUGCCCGAGCCGACGGCCGGUAACCCACAACGAGAGGAACGAAUCUGGAGCGAUCAACAGUUGUGUUUGGUCGAUGGCACCCAUCCUAUCCGCAUCGGCCGUCAUCAAGAUGAUCCUCACUUGGACCCCGCCAAAGAUUAUCGCCCGAACAACCAACAGAGCUAUCUUCUCUCCCCUCAAGAUCAAGGCCCCGCCUCUUUCGAGUCUGAGCUCAAUUUCUCCCACACUUUGGAUAGAGCCCCGGCUGCUAACUCGGUCCCGGUCCAAAACUCGUUCGCUAAAGAUCAGCAAGCCGUUGUUUAA